UAAAAGAUGGGGUGCUGUGCACCAGCGUGCCCAGGGACAGGACAUCUGUGAAGAUCUCAUAGAGUGUGUGAUGCUUGUCAAACGCGCCGUGCUCCCGGAGUUAUUUAUUCUGAAGCUACAGCGCUUCCUUCCCUGCCUCACAUCAAUCAGCAGGGCCUCCGUUCAUUUGUCUGCACGCGUCUCUCCUUUCCGUCACAAUCAUGGCUCCUUUCCCGCCUUCUCGUUCUCCGCGCAUCUUUCGCGGCGUGACCUGGGCUUCCGCAGCGCUCUGGUGGAGGAGUGUGCACCUUGCUCUUUCUCCGUCGUUAUUUUUCAUGCAAGACUUGAAGGAGAUAAAGCGCUUCAAGUGUUUCUUCAAUGCCGCUCCUACGAAGACUGCUGUGGGACUCGCUGCUGUGUCAGGGCCCUGUCCAUACAGAGACUGUGGUACUUCUGGCUGCUGCUGAUGAUGGGCGUGCUCUUCUGCUGUGGAGCUGGCUUCUUUAUCCGCCGACGCUCGUACCCUUCGCCCAUCAGCGAGGAGCCCGCCUUCAAUGUGUUCUUCACCCGGCAGCCGGUUUCCACCCCAGGUUCACAGCCGCCUGGCAUGCCGAACUACGGCGACCCGGGAAGCGGCAUGAUGACCCCCCUCGCACCCGCCUACCAGGUGCAGCCCAACUCCCCUCAUAUGAUGGCUGCAUACCCACCUCCUCCCUCCUACUGCAACCACUCGCCCCCACCCUAUGACCAGGUGUUCACAAGCACUGAGAAGAAGUAGUCGCUUUAGAAGCUGGUCUCUUCCGUCCUCCUGUUUUUCUUUUGUCUCACGGUGACACACACAGGAUAGCCAGCUUGCAGUCAGGAAGAAGCGGUCCCGACAGUCUUGCCCCAAAUGUAAUGAGUGCCUGUCACCCCAGCCUUCCUGCGUGAACCCCCCCACCUCAGCUGCCCGGGGAGACCAGAAGCAUCGGUGGGAGGAGGUCGACCUGAUGUCUGCCCUGAUUGUGUUUCUCAUCCAGAUCGCAACAAGGCUCCCGGAACAUGUUUCCUGCAGUUCUUACAUUUCUCUUUAAAGCUGAUUUUGCCGUUCGCCCUUGUUCUGACCGUUCAGAAAUGAAAUAUUUCCCAGGUUUACAGUGACGUUUUGUUUGCAGCCUUGGUGGAGAGAGGAUGGACCUUGAGUGGGUCCAGCUGUUGGCUCCAGUAGCACUUGAGAGUGACGGUGAGAAGUGACCAGUGCUCUUCUUCAGAAUGUACGUACGAGUGUGUGUGUGUGUGUACACAGAUGGGUUAAAUCCUACCAAGAAAAGACUCCAGGUGUGUUCCAAGAGCCACCAGUACAGUUUUACCAGAAGUGGUAGCAGUGACAGGGAGGUUGUUUUCCAGCAUCAUAGUUCCGCCCACAACAGCAGAGCAGAUGGCUGCACUCUGGGUGGCUACCCGGCCCCGCCGGUACCCCAAAUUAGGAUGGCAAUUGUGUGUUUCAUCUCCACCUUCAGGCAAGUGCAACGAGUGUGAGAAGGAAAUGAUCCACCAAGCCCAUUUUGGGUUCUGCAGCAAACAAUUAAUUUCCAGAAGGGAGUCACUUUUGUGUGCUCUUCGCCUAAUCCUUCAGGGCUGCAGGGAGACAUAUGAGGUUCCGCACAGGCUGCAGGAAAUUAGUUUUCGCGGGAUGGGUGUGCGUGGAGAGAACUGGCGGUUGUGGGAAUUGAGGAGCACUUUUGCAGUGGCUGUGCUACAUGGCAGGGACAUGGAUGCAGGAGGCUGAUGGAAGUCCGGACAAAUCAGAACUUAAAAAAAACAUCUCAGAAAUCACAGGUUGGUUUAGUAGUUAAUGGUUCUGAGGGUUUUUGUGGAACGUCUUGCCUGCGUGUGAUUAAUUGCUCCCCUCCAAAACCAUGUACCAUGCAAUGCUGUGGUCCUCCGACACACAGAAAUGUAAAACUAAUUACAAACGGAUGCAGCGGGAAUCUGGUAGCGCUGUUCCGGCAGGGGAAGGGGAAUCGCUGACAUGUUUGUGAGCAGAUUGCGUUUGGUGAACUUUUGUUUGCAGAAGAUGGAAUUUUUUUCUUACAUCAUAGUGUUGGUGUUUUGUUUAUUCCAGUCUCCUCUGUUCAGGGUGACAGUUUGGAAUACAUCCAACUGUUUGGAUCUUAUACAGUGAUCUGAGCCACUGCAUCUGAGCAUCUGCACUCGAUGCCUCCCAUGGAAGGUAGAGCCGAAAACACCCGCACACACCCAACAGAAACUGUACAGGGACAUUAGAAAAUCCUUUUUAGCUAAGUGGUAUGUGGAUUUCACUCUCCUGUAAAUAGUACUUUCCAGUGUCUCCUUGCAGAAUUACAGAGGUUUCUCCCACAAUUCCCUCCGUGGGAAUAAACACGAUUACCAUAGUAAUGACAGGCCAGAGCAGAGCCGCAGCCUCCCGUUAAAUGGAUUUAAUUGUGUGCAAUGACCGAGACCCAUCAGAACAAAGAGUCAUCAGAAUUAAUGGAGCCCUUUCAAAUGCAUGUGCAGACAGUGCGCUGAAAUUAGCGGAGCACAUUUCUAAUGCGAAUCAGCAGGAGACGCGGAGCAGCACCUGUCAAGAGUUUCAUACCCGAUAAAGGCAGCGAGGGAAUUCGGACUGAAAAACACCCGAAUAAGUGUCCAGGUGUUUCUUCGCCAACUAGUUCCCCAUCUUGUUGUUUUCUAUAAUGAUCUCCCACAAAAUAGUACCAGUUAUUAAUAAUGGUUGUGUAUGGUGUAAGCAUACAAAAACACACUGUAUGCGUUGAAAUUGUAGCUAGACUUGUGCUCAUCAUUUCAAACAAUCCCACAAUGAGUUGUUCAGUAAGUGAGUGAUGGAUUAAUAAGCAACGUUUGUAAUAAAUGCUGAAUCUGUGUUAACGGAUGUACAAAACAGACGCGUUGCAUUUUAAAGGACAACAUGUGCAAUUUUUGGCAUAGACAUUUUCUUCCGAAAACAAACCCAGAAGGAAAUUUAAAACUGACAGUGGUCGGGACGUUCUUUCAUUCACUUCGUUUUAACUUCAGUAUCUGCUGGGGUCGUUUCCCACACCCUUCUGCGCAGACACAAUUUUUACAAACAAACAUUUUUUUGGAAACGGGGUGGUUGGUUGUAUGUUAUGUAUAAACAAUGUUUAUUUUCAUUUUUAACUGCAACCUGUAUGUAACAGAUACACCAUUUUUAUCUAUGCAACUUGGACAUGUUUUCAGAUGUAAUUUGUAAAGGUAAAGAUUUGCUUUCACUGUUGUCAGGGUAGUAGUGUCCGCUGAUUAAAUUAGGUAAAAAAAAAUAACAC